GAAUCAAUUUGACUAGUUAUAUAUGAACUCACUCGGGCAGGAAGAAAGAAAAUCUGAGUAAGAAUGGAAGAAGUAAAGCUAAUAGGAUUUUGGCCUAGUCCUUAUGUUUACAGAGUUAUAUGGGCUCUGAAACUCAAGGGUAUCAAAUAUGAAUAUUUAGAAGAGGAUAUAUUUAACAAGACUGAAUUGCUUUUGAAGUACAACCCAGUGCAUAAGAAGGUUCCUGUGCUUCUUCAUGGUGGGAAACCCAUCCCGGAAUCUACUGUCAUUCUUGAAUACCUUGAAGAGAAGUGGCCACAGAACCCCUUGCUUCCAGAUGAUCCUCAUGAGAGAGCUGUGGCUCGGUUCUGGACUAAGUUUGGAGAGGACAAGAUUAAAAUCUUUUUAAGCUUCUAUGUAACUUGUGGAGAAGAACAAGUGAAAGCCACAAAAGAAGUGCAAGAACUUCUGAGAAUCCUAGAAGAGCAUGGUCUUGGAGAGAAGAAGUAUUUUGGUGGCAAUAAAAUAGGAUUGGUCGACAUAGCUUUUGGGUGGAUAGCUUGCUUUCUGGAAUUUCUGGAACAAGCAGCUGGGGUCAAAGUGUUGGAAGACAAUAGCUUCCCUCGUUUACAGGCAUGGAUCAAAAACUUCAACGAAAUUCCGGUGGUUAAAGAGAGCCUUCCUGAUCGCAAUGCACUGUCAACAUAUUUCAAGGGAACAAGAGAAUUCUUGCUCUCCUCAGCAGCAUCAUAAACAUCAAACAUUACUAGCAUCAGCUUGGUUUCUAAUUCAAUAGCUUGUGUUCUCUCAUUCCCUGAAUCUAAUUCUCAAGUUUUGUUAUUCUACAAAUAAGUUUGCAUGGC